UUAUUGCUUUUUUAUUUUAAAUCUAAACGAAAAAAACAAAAAAAAAAAAAAUUUAGCACAAUUUUUGUUUAGCCUCAAAGACGUAGGUAUAGUAAUAUUCUUGUAUUGGCAGGAUUGAGAAAAAUCUAGUAAUAUUCUCUGGUAUUCCAAGUUUUAAAAUCUGGUAAAAUGGCCAUUCAUAUAGUUGGCAACACUGAUCGAUUCAGUUCAAGUUAUUCAUUUGACCGAAUUGACUCUAUCAGCGAAAGUCAGUUGAAUGAUGGUAUAGGUAAUUAAUAAUUGAGAUACCUAAGUAAGCAAGUAUAAUAAAAGCUGGUAUUCAAGUUGUUAAACGAUUUAAUGCAGUCAUUAAAUUUGAAACUUUCUCAAGCCCGAAUAUUGUUUUUAUUUGUCAACCGAAAAUACAACUUCUAUUAGGUAGGUACUUGCAAGACAAACAAAUUAACGGAGAUAACUCGUGGUAAACAAAAGUAUAAAACUAUUGUUAAGGUAAAAAGGAUGGGCUAAUUAGGAUCUACCUUCUGCAACCGAAAUUAAUUAUUCAAGCACAAGAAAGAAACAACAAAGACCAAAGACCCAAGAGCUUCUGACAAAUGGUGUCCAUCCGUUACGAUCAACAGGAUCUUCAUCGACGAAUAACAAAAUAAAAUCGAAGCUCCCUUUUCACUCCCACUACCACCUUUAGUGCAGCAGCGUAACCGCUUGAUGGUCCCCCCUUCACGCGUCUUUCUCUCUGUCUCUCUCUGGGCUCCUGCUCGAGGGUGCCUAAGUCUGGUAAGUCCGCUGGCCAACCUUAACAUCAACAACGAACAACGCUUGCGAGGUUGGUACUAAUUAAAACUUGGCGGUACUUACUAGCUCCGGUUCGCGGACAAGACUGUGUCGUCAAUAGUUUUUAGUAGUAGUGGUACCAGAGAUAGCUGUGCACCCCGAGCAGUUUGCUGCUGAUAACGGGAAACGUCGAUUGAUAAUAAUGAAAACCAAGUCCGGCGGCGCUGAUUAUCAACAGCAACAACGUCUAUACGAUGUUCAGUACAGGGACGACCAUCAGCAACAACAACAGCAAUGCAGCAGCACAAGGCCAACGCAAUACAGUCCCGCCUCUCAUCACGAAAGGGCGGAGUUGUCCCCAGCAACGUCUCGACCCACCUCUCCCUCUCCCCUAGAAUUCCCCAUUUACCAGCAAUCGACGGAACCCGAACAGGACAAUAAUUAUCUGAUACGCGGGGACGGAACGUAUUUCAGACUGGACGAGGUUCACCUCGAAGAAACGCCCACUGGUACUUUUCUGCAACUGGGAGAGCAUACAAACGGAGUUUCACCGCAUCAGAGCGAAGCUACACCCAGUCCUGGUUCUCCUCAUCGUGGUACUGCCUUUACGAAUCUGAGUUUACAGGGAGAGGGACAUCAGCAACAGUCUAUAAUUGAGCCUGCAGCUGCGCAACUGACACAGUUGACUAGCCAUAUCAGUUAUGCUACUGGAGGAUUGGAGAGUUCGAUUGCCAAUUCCAUUUAUGCUAGAAAUACUGGUUAUAACGGGUCUACGAUGCACUAUUAUAAUACCGGGUCUCCAGAAAUGCACGGUCAAAAUCAAAUUUGGUCAAAUACUGGUGUAAACGCUAGUACUGGGCUCCUUACAGACGAAUACAAAGCAGCAACGGCAGCUGCAAAUGCCUCCCUUCCGGCCUUCAACAGAGUACCAACGUUCCAGACUACACCUACAAGAACCCCAACGUACUCUGCCAUGGGGUACCAAGAUUACAGCUACGCAGAUCCUAAUGGGUCUUAUAUCAGUCCUGCAACUACUCCCAGGAACCGCAUGAGUGCAGCUGGUACUUUGUCAGCGAUUGCCCCAGGUACGACUGCCGAGUACUUCACGGAAGGUAGAGAGUGCGUCAACUGUGGUGCCAUUGAUACACCGUUAUGGCGUCGCGACGGCACCGGCCAUUAUCUAUGCAACGCCUGCGGCCUUUACCAUAAAAUGAAUGGCAUGAACCGACCCUUGGUCAAGCAGCCUCGUAGAAUGUCUGCAUCACGUCGAGCUGGUCUCACUUGCACCAACUGCCAGACAACUACUACUUCUUUAUGGAGAAGAAACGCCCAUGGAGAGCCCGUAUGCAAUGCUUGCGGACUUUACUUUAAAUUGCAUUCGGUAAACAGGCCGUUGUCCAUGAAAAAAGACACCAUACAGACAAGGAAAAGGAAACCGAAAGGCAGCAAAUCAGGAGGACAGGUUGGUAACAUGGGUAACAAUGGUAGAGGACUAAAUGGUAGGAUUAAAACUGAGAAGCAGAUUAAAAUUGAAACGUCACCAUUAGACACCUUCCAGCUCUCUCAUCUCCAACACACCAGCACUGGUUUCAUGUACCCGACCCAGCCUCACCAGAGGCUCAGCCCCUAUUCUUCGCAGUCGCCUCAGAACCUCUGCACUCAAGCCGACUACUACAACGGGAUGUUGCCUCACACCGCUACGCCGAGUCCUCUGUCCACAGCUUCCGAUAUUCACUCAGAUUCUCCUCACUCGCCUAUGUAUGUUAAUAACAAUAACAACAACGAUAGUAAAGUUAUUAUGGAUAACAUCGAGCGACCCACCGUGGUGUCUUUGACGUCGUAAAUUAGUUUUAUGUUUUAUUAUUUUUAGUGCAAUUUUAGUAUCAUCUACGAAUAGUUGAUUUGAGAUUUUUUGUAUUUAUAACUUAUUCUUAUAUAUUUCGACAUUUGUAUUGCUCUCUUUUAAUCAACAUUCUACCUAUAUAAAUCUGCAAUUAGGUAGGUAUACAUCACAGCUAAAAUUUGAAUCUCUUUUGUAAUUAUUAUUAUUGUUAUUGUAUCUUUUACAUAGGUACUUAUAAAUUUAUCUAUUAUGUAAAUAAAUUACUUCAUUAGUUUUUUGCCAUAGGCUUAGUUCACUAAUCAUACUGAAUGUCCCAAAAAAAAAAAAACAAAACUGUACCUAUGAUCUUAUGUUUGAUAUCAAAAUUUGUGCAAAAUGCAUUUUUUUUGGGACACUCUAAUAAUUUUUGUAUAUAGAAAAUGUAUAAAUUCAAAAGAAAACAAUAUACACAAGUGACCAAAGAUUUUGUUUAAAAAUUAUUGGCUUUUUUAAUGUCAAACAGAAUUUUCUUUUUUUAAGUCUACAGGGUGCAUAGGUAAUUUAUAUCCCAUUUGGACAUUCUGUAGUAUUUUUAAACAAAUCAUAUACUAUACCUAUAUAUAUUUAGUUUUAAUUUUGACUGAGAUUUUCUCAUCGUUUUUUUUUCUCAAAAAAUGUUUUUUAUUUAAUAUUUUAUCAGACACAUUCCGUUGUAGAAAAAAAUGUUUCUGUAUAUAUCCUACAUUAUUAUAUUAUAGUUCUUCAUUUAGUUUAUUUGUUCUAUAAUUAUAUAAUUCUGUCUCUUGUUAUAUACAGUAAAAAUAAUUAAAUAAAAAUAUAUUUGAUAAGGAA